UGUAAGUCAAAACAUUGCGUUAUGAUAUUUGCUCACAAUUUUAGGGACAUGUAUAAAUAACACAUCAGUUAUGAUGUUUAAAAAGGGAGGAUUUGAAGUGUCUCCUGUGGUUUAUCCAGUAGCUGUUAAAUAUGAUAGUAGAUUUGGAGAUGCAUUUUGGAACAGCAGUAAAGAUAGUAUGAUAUUUCACAUAUUUCGCAUCAUGACCAGCUGGGCUUUAGUAGUUGAUGUCUGGUACCUGCCUCCUAUGAAAAGAUUGGAUGGUGAAGAUUCAGUGAGUUUUGCCAGUCGAGUGAAAGCUGAAAUAGCAAGACAAGGGGGUCUCGUUGACCUGGAAUGGGAUGGUCAGCUGAAAAGAAUGAAAGCAAAGGAAACAUGGAAAUCAUCUUCACAACGUGACUACAGCAAACUUCUGAAAGUAGAGUAGCCCUUCAUGUUGUGAUCUCUUUAUAUGCAUUUUCAUUUCUGUGAUUUUUGUAAUUCAAGUGCAAAUAAAUGAUUAAUUGUUGCAGGCAUAUUAAUGCUAAAUUUUCAAUUUUGUUAAUUGUUCAAUGUAAAAAUUAUUGUUCUAAUUGUAUGUCAGAACUUUCUUUGCUAUUUUUGUCAUUUUUUCAUGCAAUAUUAUUUGUUCAUUACGGUAAAGUUAUACAUGUAUUAUAAAUAUAUUAGAUUUUGAAGCAGUGUAUUCACAUAUCACAAAUUAAUAAGUUUUUUCUCUCCCAGAAAAUGUUUAUAUUUGGUAUUUUGAUAUUGUGCACUGGUAUAAACCUGUUUAUAUAACAAGGUACAUGUGUCUAUAAUAUGUCACUUGAUGAUUGGUAUGAGGCAAAAACAUACGCAAGUCUGGUGAGUGACCCAUAAAUAGAAUAUUCAUGAAUUAAUAAAAUGAACAAUAAAUGUAGUAAUGUAAAUAUGAUAACAAUAUAAAACUCAGUAAAAAUCCAUCUCUCCUAACAAUAAAGAUACUGAUGUUUUCAUGUAUGAAUUUCUCACUAGAAUGAGUUGGCUUUACACUUUAUCCUAUUAUACAUGAUAUAAAAGUUAAGAAAGAAAAUACUACCUUGAUCGCUGUAUUGUAUUGGUUUUCUGCUUCAAGCAGAUCAUAAAUGAUAGCAUAUGAAGAAACCUGCUAGUGAUCUAAUAGGGCUUAAACCUACAAUCCCUGUGUAAAGAGGCAUUCACCUUUAUUAUAAUGCUAUUGAAAAAUAAUUAAAGAGAUUAACUCUAAAAAACUAUCAAACUGUAUCUAUUAAGAAUUAUAUACUUGAUGAAAAUUUGAGUAAUAUAUUUAAUAAAAAAUCAUAAAAAUAAAUCUAUAUCAAAGCUGAUGAUAAUCACAAAAAUAUCAGAUUUUUUUUCUGUGGGUAAUUUACAGUCCAUUUUAUUUAUUUUUCGUUUAAUUCAGCAUAAAAAAAGUUAGGUGUUAGGUGUAGAAGUUAAGGUGUGAAUAUAUAUUAGACUUUAAAGUAGCAUGUAUGUACUAGUAACAGACAAAAUAAAAAAAAUAAAAAAAAAAACUGGCAGAAAAAUGUAAGAUACAGGCAGGUAUGUGAGUGAAAUCUUCAUUACCAGUAUGUACAAACUGGAUGUUAUGCUUACAAGUUAUGUUCUUAUUGAUGAAUUUGAUGUAGAAUUCACUGUAUAGCUGUAAUAAGAUUAAUAUGAUAUAAUAUUGUACAUUAAAACUACAACAGUUAUGUGCAUAUUUAUGUAUGUUGUUUAAAUCUUUUUAAACAGUGGCAUUAUUUUCUUUCUUUUUUUUGUCAAAAUAGUUGUGUUCAGUUAACGUUUUGUUUCUAGCACUACUUGUAUGUGAUUUAUAUCACAUAAAUCUUGAUAUUUUCUACUGUCAGAAUGCUACAAUGCUCUGUUUCUGAAAUAAAUUAUAAACUUUACAUACUGUCACCACACAUACAAAAGCACUCUUAAGUUUUGCCAAAAAUCCAUGCCACUACAUUGUAUAGUGGCUUCAAAACUGUUACCCUACUAUACUUUGCCAUCAAUAAAGAGCCAGCAGGUGUGUAGUGUGAUCAGGUUCUAUACUGUCAGGUGACCACCUUCAAAUCUUCACAUCCAGAAAUAUGGGAGUUGCACAAGUGAAUUUAAAAUUUCAGCAGGGUAAAGCCUUUGUUAAUGGACAAGUAGCAUAAUACUAAUUUUACAAUAAUCAUUUAAUUACUUUCUUGUUAUUUUCCUUUUUCUGCUGUUUUAACUUUUUAUUUGAAUAUGUCAUUGCAACUAUGAGAUAUUCCCAUUUGUCAUAAGAGUUACCUAUAUUUUUGUUUAGCUGUUAUUCCAAUUUAUUAUAGUGACCAUUUUGUCCUGUAAGCCAUAUUGGGUAGGGUGUUAAUAUAAUUAUAAUGUUUAUCAGAUUUUUAAAUAUUAUAUUGAAAAUUUAGAUCUCAAGUCACUUAUUUAACUGCAAUAAUGAGCAGUUGUGCUUUUUGAAAUACAUGUACAUGUAUCAAUAAUUCUUUAAAUGAAGGAGUGUGAAAUUAUUUAUGUAUUUUAUGACCUGCGGUGGGGAAAUAGAAUUAUGAUCUGCUUCUUGUAUUCAAACUUGACUUACGUAAAUUUAGCUUCACCAACCCCAAACCAUUGACAUGAGACAGAAGACCUUUAGUAGAAAAACUUGUAGUAUGAAAUAUAUUUUUAUGUUACAAGGUUUUUGCUAAAAGGUAGUAAAGUUGUUGUAUAUUUUAUUAUAAUUUAAUUAUUAUACAAUGAUGUUUUUAUAUUCUUUUAAUGAUUUUGGAGAAAGUUAUUAUAGAAGAAAACAGAAUAAAAUGUUGCAAGAAGAAAUAUUUAUCUACUGUUUUAAGGGUUGAUUUUUCAAAUGCUCUAUCAGCUUUACAGGACUUUACAAACCUCAUUCUUUAAGUUUAGGUAUUUUGAAGUGAUUGUUACCCAUAUAAAAACCUAUACAGACCUAUGACCAUAGCUUGUUACCUUUAUACUGAUUAUAAAUACAGAUACAGCUGCAAGAGUUGUUCUCAGAUGAAUAGAUAUAUAGCAAUAUGAGAUGUAAGCCGAAAUUCAGUAUGAUAAUAAAAUAUAUUAUGAAUUACACAUGUCCUAUCAGCACAAAUAUUAAUCAGUCGCUAUUUAAAGUUGCCUAUAAUGUAUAUACUAGUCAAUGUUAUAUAAUAUUAACAUUUAGUCAUUUGGGUUUUUUCUAUUAUAUAAUCAUGUAUUGUUUUUGCUAUGUUUAUGUUGUACAAGUAGUAAGUAUAUUGUUUAAGAACUAUUAUGUUUCAAAACUAUAUUCACAUUGUUUUUAUAUUUGCAUGAAUAUUUACAAAAAUAAAGGAUGGGAAAAUGUU